CUUUCGGUCAGAAGUAGUUUGAUCGCGCUCACGAGUGGUGCCACUCAGCAGAAGAGAUGGACUUUUCAACGAUGCUCUGGUGGAUUCUGUUGGGACUCCUGGUGUUAGUUUAUGUGUUUCCCAAGUGGCGAUACCGAAACCUAAAGUCCAUUCCGGGAAUCGAGCCUACCUAUCCUAUCCUAGGCAAUCUAUUGCUUUUAUCGAGAAGUAAUGCGUACAUGAAAUGUUUUAGAAACGCAAAUCGGAUGACGAAAAUUUGGCUUGGCCCAGUUCCGGUGAUCAACGUGCAGCAUCCGGAGCUAAUUCAAAAAGUGCUAACGGAAUGCCUGGACAAACCGUUUGCGUACGACUACAUGGAACUCGGCGUUGGGCUGCUAUCCGAACGAUAUGGGCGCGUUUGGAGGGAACACCGGAAAACGCUGAGUCCGCUAUUUAACACGCGGAUCCUGAAUGGAUUCGUUCCGAUAUUCGAACGCGCGACCAGUGAUUUUGUACGCGGACUGGAGUCGGUCUCGGACGGACGGGAUGUGGAUCUGAUGGAGUACAUCAGCCAGUGCAGUGCCCAAAUGGUACACGGCACGAUGGUCAGCAUCGACCGGCAAGCGGACGAAUUGUAUCGAUUAUUAAUCAAAAAUCUGGAAGUCAUCCUGGAGUCGGUCGGCAAGCGAAUUAUGAACGGCAUGUACGCACUGAAAAGCUUGUACAAAAUGAGCACAAUUUACCGCGACGAGUGGCGCUCCCGGAAGGUCUGCUACGAAACGGUGAACGAUGUAAUCAUGGAAAUGCGAAUGAAUAUUCUCAACGGGAAGAGCGCGCUGGAACUAGCAGGUACAAAGGAGGCAUUCAAAUCGAAAGCCUUUGUGGAACGCUUACUAACCAUUCAGCACAAAGGUCGCAGUUUUACCGACGAGGAGAUUGUUAACCACGCUUACACUAUGCUUGUGGCUGGCUACGAAACUUCUGCUUUGCAGUUAACCAAUAUUUGCCUAAUGCUGGCAAUGCAUCCGGAGAUACAAGAGCGAGUUGUUCAGGAAAUAAAAAUUGCAUUCAAAACGUUGGAGGCGCCAUUAACUCCGGAGGCUCUAAAAGCUCUACCAUAUUUGGACAUGGUAAUCCAGGAAACAAUGCGGCUUUAUCCGGUGGCCCCGCUGAUUGCCCGGCAAAAUUCUACCCCCUUCGAGCUGGACGGAGUUCUUUUUCCCACGGGAACGGUAUUCACAGUGAACAUUGCUGCCUUGCACAGGCGGGAGGAUAUUUGGGGUAAGAGUUUUCUGACGUUCAACCCGGAGAACUUUACACCGGAAUCCGUUGGUGCCAGGCACCCGUUAGCUUUCAUUCCGUUCAGUGCCGGACCAAGGAUUUGCAUCGGGAACCGAUACGCAAUGGUUUCGCUGCGAGUGGUUUUAGUCCGGUUAUUGCAACGCUACCGUCUGAGCACCAAGUUGAGCCGAAAGGAUUUGAAGUUCAAGUAUCAAGUAACAAUGAAGCUAAACAUACCCUGCACUAUGCAGGUGGAAAAACGAGAGCUUUACUAGUAUUAACAAUUUACUAACCAUAAUAUUUGGCUAACCAAAAUAGAUUGUGGUCGAUACUGCAAUUGUAAAUACAUCAUGCAUCAUACAUCAUUUGAAGUAGAAGAAUUAUUUACGAAAGAAACGUCAACCAUUUUCAGGAAGAGAUAUA